UGCCCCAUCCCCAUCAUUGGUGUCAGUGGGAGGAGGAAUAGUGCCCCAUCAUUGGUGUCAGUGGGAGGAGGAAUAGUGCCCCAUCAUUGGUGUCAGUGGGGGAGGAAUAGUGCCCCAUCAUAGGUGUCAGUGGGGGGAGGAAUAGUGCCCCAUCCUUGGUGUCAGUGGGGGGAGGAAUAGUGCCCCAUCCUUGGUGUCAGUGGGGGGAGGAAUAGUGCCCCAUCCUUGGUGUCAUUUGGGGGAGGAAUAG